UACAAAAAAAUAACAACAACAACAACACAUCAACAAUAUUAUUUUCUAAAUCUUCCAGAUCUUUUAUUUCAUGGAAAAAAAAAAAUAGUUUAUUCAAGUGCAUUCAAGUGAUUGCCAGAGGCUCAAAGCUUGACUCAGUGCACUCAGUGUGUUUGGAUAAUAAAAAAAAAAAAUGUAUAACAGUGACUUGCAAUUGUAAAAUAGAUAAAUAAUUGACAAGAGGGGAGGGUUGGUUAAUUGGUUAUUCAUCAGUGGUUUUUGUGAGUAAAAGGUUAUUGUGAAUAAGGCACAUGUCACCUUGUAAUUUAUCAUUAAAAAAUAUAAUUAUUAAAUUCUAAAUUGUGUUGUUAGUUAACAAAAAAAAUUGACAAUAAUUAUUUGUGUAUCUAAAUGUGCAAAAGGUGUUAAAAAAGCUAGGGACUGAUUUAUUGCAGGUUUUUUGUUUGUUUGUUUAUAUUUAAUGAGCAAAAAAAUGUUAGAAAAAAGUUUUAAAUUGUAAAAAUAAUAAAAGAUAUGUUGAUUUUUAAACAAGCUCAGGGUGCAACAGUCAACCUGGGUGGUAAAAAAUUGAUAUGUCAGGAUAAUCAUCAAUUUAAUUGGGUAAUGAGGUCGCAGAUGAUUCAUCAACAAGUCCAAAAAAAAUAUAAACAACAAGGUCGUUAUGUUCGACAAUAUUCGUCAGUUAAAAAUAAUUAUUUGGGUGAUAAACUCAUCAGAUAUCGGCUAGGUGAUAAACGAAAGGAUGUGGCAUUAUUAUUGGAGCUGAGACCACCAAUAAAAUUGCGAAGAUCGACGGCUCCUUAUAACAAGGAAAUAUCGAAAAACAAUAUAUAUUGUCAUGGUGAUUUACUGCAUACAGUACAAAUGGCAUCACUCUAUCCAGAUUCAAAAACAUUUGUUGAUAUGAAAAUGAAGCUACCAGCAUCUGAGCUAUUGGAUAAAUUUCAUACAUUGAUGAAUCAUACUGGAAAUUCACCGUCACAUGAUGUAUUAAAAAAAUGGGUUGAAGAUAAUUUUGAUCCAGCUGGUUCAGAAUUUGAAGAUUGGAUACCAGUUGAUUGGCGAAAAGAGCCAAAAUUUCUAAGUAAAAUACGUGAUCGUGAAUUACGUAAAUUUGCAUCUGAUUUAAAUGACAUAUGGAAAAUGCUUGGACGUAAAAUGAAAGAUGAUGUUAGAGAUAAUGAACAUCUUUAUUCAAUAAUAUAUGUACCAAAUCCAGUCAUUGUACCUGGUGGUAGAUUUCGUGAAUUUUACUAUUGGGAUUCAUAUUGGAUUGUCAAAGGUUUAUUAUUAUCUGAAAUGUAUUCAACAGUCAAAGGUAUGCUUACUAAUUUUGUAACAGUUGUUGAUAAAAUUGGUUUUAUACCAAAUGGUGGAAGAAUAUAUUAUACAAUGAGAUCACAACCACCAAUGUUAUUACCAAUGGUUAAAAUAUAUCUUGAUGCAACAAAUGAUUAUGAUUGGUUAAAAGAAAAUUUAUGGUUACUUGAAAAAGAAUAUAAUUUUUGGAUGGUUAAUAGAACAGUUAACAUUGAAAAAGAUGGAAAAAAUUAUACACUUGCUAGAUAUUAUGAAAAUUCAUCUGGACCAAGACCAGAAUCAUACAGAGAAGAUUAUUUAACAAGUCAUAAUUUUCGUACAAAUGAGGAAAAAGAUAAUUAUUAUAUGGAGCUUAAAACAGCUGCUGAAUCUGGAUGGGAUUUUUCAAGUAGAUGGUUUAUUCUUGAUGGAACAAAUAAAGGCAAUUUAACAAAUUUAAAAGCAAGAUAUAUUGUUCCGGUUGAUCUUAAUUCAAUAAUAUAUCGUAACACUGUGCUGUUAGCUGAAUUUAAUGAAAAAAUUGGUAAUAUUUCAAAAGCAUCAAUUUAUCAUAAAAAAGCUGAAGAAUGGAAAGAAGCUGUAACAGCAAUAUUAUGGCAUGAAGAAGUUGGUGCAUGGCUAGAUUAUGAUUUAUUAAAUGAUGUUAAACGUGAUUAUUUUUAUCCAACAAAUGUAUUACCAUUAUGGACAAAUUGUUAUGAUGUUACAAGACGUGAAGAUUACGUAUCAAAAGUAUUAAAAUAUCUUGAAAAAAAUCAAAUAAUGAUUAAUCUUGGUGGUAUACCAUCAAGUUUUGAACAUUCUGGUGAACAAUGGGAUUAUCCAAAUGCAUGGCCACCAUUGCAAUAUUUUGUUAUUGAAUCACUUGAUAAUACUGGUGAUCCAUGGGCACAAAGACUUGCAUAUGAAAUUAGUGAAAGAUGGGUUAGAAGUAAUUUUAAAGCAUUCAAUGCAACACACAGUAUGUUUGAAAAGUAUGAUGCAACUGUAUCUGGUGGUGGUGGUGGAGGAGGUGAAUAUGAAGUACAAUUAGGUUUUGGUUGGUCAAAUGGUUUGGUUAUGGAUCUACUUGCUAAAUAUGGUAGUCGUCUUACCGCGGAGGAUGUCUUUAUUCCAAGUGAAAAAAGUGAAGUUGAUCAUGAAUCACCAAGUGGUACAUCAUCUGUAUCAAGUGCUGGACAAAUGAUGGUCACAUUAUUAGCAGCCAUCAUUUCCAUUGCUGCAGGAUUCAUCGGGUGAGAUAUUUGGCUGGUGACUUUGACGUGUGUCUGAAUUACGUGUUAUUAGGUCUAAGCAAGAAAUCUCGGGGUCUAAAAUCAACCAUCAUCAUCUUCGAUAAACUUAUUUAUUUUAUUUUAUUUUUUGUUUGAUUGUUUGUUUGUUUGUUUAACAAUUUAAUUUUCCUUUUUUUUUUUUUCCUGCCUUCCUUAUUUUUUUCCCCGUUGAUUUUUUUUUUUAAUUUUACGUGUAUAAUUGAUUAUUGUUAUUAAUUAUUUUUUAAUUAUAAAAAUAUUUUUGGCUUGAGUUGCCAAUGUGUAAAUACUGUACAAAAAAAAAAAGAAAGAAAAAAAAUUCAUAUGAAAAAAUGGGCCAACUGCAUUUCACAACAAUUUUCCCACAAUGUAGAUGUAUCUAGUCAAUUUUUUUUUUUUUUUUUUUCUUAUUAAGAGAUACUUUGCGUCCAGUAAUUAACACAUCCCAGUAAAAAAAAAAAACUAAAACAAUUGUAAAGAAAAUUAAUUAAUCAUCUUCAUUUAAAUAUUAUUAUUUUUUUUUUUGAAUUUUUUUUUUUUCCUUCUUUUACCUGCUUCGAUUUUAAAAAAAAACCAUAUAAUUUUAUUGUUGAUAUUUGUUUUAAAUUAAUAUAUAUUAUAAUUAAUUAUAAAUCUUAAAAAUUUAAGACAAAGUAUUAGAAAAAGUGCUAAAAUAAUUUUAAAUAAUUUAAUCGUUUUUUUGUUUUUUUUUUUUUAUAAAAUUAAUCGUGAUAUAAAAAAAAAAAAAAAAAAAAUCUGAUAUAAAAAAGCAUGAAAUUGAUUUUUGCUUCCUUGUUUAUUUCCUCAUUUCCUUUUGCAUAAUUAAAAAUAAUAAAUGAUUGUUUAAAAAGAAAAAAAAAAACAACAAUAAUCCCAGUUCCCAGAUUUGAAAUAAAAUUAAAAAAUAAAUAAACACAAUAUAAUCCUUUUGAUUGCCUCGAUUUUGUGUGUAUAUGUUAUGUGUGUGUGUGUGUUUUGAGCCUUGUAAUUUAAAACACAAUGUCUUAACAAUAAUUAAUUCAAAAUACAUCGUCUGAAAUUACCACAUGUCUUCAACAAACAGCAACAAUACAACUUCCAUAAUUUUAUAAAUUUUCAAAUCUUCAAAAUUAUUCUCAACAAGAAAUUAUUAUUCAAACUUUUCACAAUUCAAUUAUAAAAUUAACAUAAAAAAACAGAACAAAAACUUACAUCUAAAUAAUAACUAUAAUUAUUUUAAUAACUGUCAAAAAUAUUUUCAAAGUAUAAAUUUGUGUUUUUUAAAUUUUUUUGCUUGAUCAUGUUGUCGCCAUUAACUCGCAAAAAUUUCAAGGAUUAAUCUAUUAUUUUUUAAUAUACAACACACUGAAUAAUUCACUUCCGUUUUCUACUAAAAAAAAAAAACAAUAAUAAUAAUAAUAAUAAAAAGUGAGUGACUGUGAGAUAUAUAGAGUGUUAGAAAAAGAAAAAAAAAGAAACAUCAAUUUGCUUAAACUUUUUUAUUUUUCAAAUAUAUAUUUAAUAAGAAAAUUUGUUUAUGCAUGUGUUUAAUAUGUACAUGUGUGUGUAUAUUAUUAUUAUU